CUUAUUGCAUACCAUGAUGAUCUCAAUAAAGGAAAGUACUACUUCAUUGCACCAUAUCUUGAGAAAGGUGAUUUGUAUGCAGCAAUCCAAUCUGACAGAAAAUUGUUAGUAAAAAGCGCCCAUGUUGCUGAGUACAUACCUGUACUUCAUUGGAAGCACAGACUGAAAAUAAUGUACCAGAUUGCUUGCGCUAUUGACUAUCUUCACACUGGGAAUUCAUUCCGAGGUACUAUCCUGCAUAUGGACAUAAAAUCCAAGAACGUUGUAAUUGACUCGGAACUGAACGCACGGCUGAUUGAUUUUGGUCUUGCAAGAGAGGUGAAGGAAGGAGAAGAAUUGCAGACUGCGACUCCUGUAUACGGUACAGAGGGCUAUUUUCCAACAGUUCAACAUAAAAGACUUACACCAGAACACGAUUAUCAUAAUUUUGGAAUAGUUAUCAGAGAAUUACUGACAGGCGUUGAUCCAACGGAGUAUGAGAAGGACAAUAACAGACAACUGCGCAAAUGGGACAGUAUAAGUGUUGAGAAUAGUACACAUGAUCGAGUUUGGCCAAAGGAAUUCAAUACAAGACAGAAAAUAAGAGCUCUAGCAGAUAAGUGCAUCGACAGCAUUAAGAAGGAAGGAACAUUGAAGUCAAAAGGCAUCUGUGAUGAAUUAAAGGAUAUUAUGAGAACAAACGGCGUCAAAACAUGGAAAGGUUGGAAUGAUCAACGAUGUGAAAUAUGUAUGGUGAACGAACACGAUGCAAAAAGCCCCGUGGCUGCAAUAAAUCAUAAGGACUGCCCAGGCAAAAUUAAGAUAUGUCCUGCCUGUAUGCGCAAUUCGUACUUUAAUCCAAUCAAAUGCCACACUUGCGAUAACGACAUCAAAGCAGUAAUUGGGGAUGGUUGGGGUGCAGUGUUGAUCGCCGGAUAUGACGAGCACGAAGCAAACUUGUUUAAAAAAGAUGUGACAGCAUUUGGAGAUGCUAUCACUAGUACAGUAUUACCGACAAUGUGUAUCAGCAAAUCCAACUUAGUUGUUGUUGACUGCAAUGCAAAAAGCAAGGAAAGUGCAUCUUCCAGGAUUGAAAAGGCAUUUAAAAUACUCGAGUCAAAACACGUACAUACGUUGGUUUUUCUGUACUCAGGACAUAAUUGCAACUUUGGAUUUCAAAUUGGAAGAACAUCAACUCAAGAUGAAAAUUCUGAAUAUUUGUUCUUUAAUAUAGACGAAUUAUGUAAAUGCAUUGAAGAGAUCAACGGUUUGGAAAAAGUGAUAGUAUUUUUGGACUGCUGUUACGCAAAACCUCUUAAUGUCCCUGAUCAUAUUUGUCUCAUACAGUUCAAGGCUAUUGGUCCCCACGACCAAACUAAAGUCAUUGGUGCAAAAGGGAGUAUAUUUACACGAUACUUGGUACAAGCCUUUACGAUGAAGGCGUCAGGUGAAAAGUGUAAACUUCAGGAUUGUGACUGUUCCAUUACUAGUGACUUCAUAACACUUGGGUCGUUGUGGGAUUACAUAUUGCGUCAUAGCCAACAUGAUGGCAUAGAGAAAAUGAUACCAUAUCAGAAUACAAAGAAUGUUCGUUGGGAUACAAUGUUUUUGGCAUAUAAUUAUAAUUUCAAGGUGAAAUUUUGCUUUGAUGUAAGAGUUCCGGAUGCAAACAUCAAUCAAAUGAUUGAAGUGUUACCAAGACAACUGACAGAGUUUAAAGCUUUAAAGCCGGGGAUUUUAUUUCCAGCAUGUUUUGAUAUGUUAACAAAACAAAUGAACAUGCAAGCGAGUGUAAGGCCAGAUGUGACGAGAUAUGCAGAUAUCUUGGCGAUCGAGGUUGAUGGUGGUCCCAAGCAAACCCAGGAGAUAGACAACAUGGAAAAGCUUUUGCUGGCGUGGAAUUCAAAACUGUUGUUCCGAUGCCGAUUCCGUCAGUGUAAUGAGAUAGAUAACGGGCGACCAGUUGGGUUUGUUUUGAAGAAUGACAAUAUUGUAUGCAAAAUAUUGUCGCGUCUUAAUCCAGAACAGCACCCUCUUGAUAUAGACGGUUUGGAGGAAUUGAUGACGGCCUUAAACACUGAGGAAGACAACAUAAAACAUACAGAAUUGGUCAAGCCGUUGAAACUGUUUAACGACAAACUGUCCGCACUUCUGCAUGCCGCAAAGGAUAAUAAGUUGAAAAACAGAAAGUUGACAAUCAACUGCAUGGACGUCUUCGAGGACGGAUCGGUCACGCUGGUGUAUAUGGAGUUAACAAGCCCUGAAGAACAACUGGACAAUUGACGCUAUGUUCAAUUAAACUUCGUCUACGAAUUGAAGAAAGAGUACACAGUAGGCUGAUGAUGUCGGCAUUCACCGCAUGGUGCAUUCAAGUGUAAACGGCUUCGUUUGGCACAGUCCGGUUUACCUCGUGUUCCUGUAAAAAUGUCGUUUAUUCUAAACUACAGGUAUACUAAGUGGUGUAUUGAUUGCUGGUUAUUUAAAAGUGGGAAAUUAUACUGUUACAUACAAAUGAAGAACAAAGCCCGAACGUUGUGUAUUAAAUAGCCAACUGUAUAUAAGAUUACUUGCAUAAUAGUAUUACUUUCUUCUUGAACAUUUAGUAUGACAUUCCACUGAUUAUAACCGCAUGAAUGUGUAUUUACGCAAACAAUACUUGCAUUUUUAAUCUAAUGUGUUAUACGUAUAUUUAUGUUCCUAUUGUCAUGGUUUAUGGAGUGUUGAUGAUUAUUCGGAUAAUUAACUGAAGUAUAAUGUGACUACGGGCCAAUAGCAAUUAAUUCAGAAGAUCGUUUCAGUGUUGUUAUUGUCGAAUAUGUACAAAUUAUAUUACGCUUAAUAAACAAUAACUAUUGUGACCUUUUUACUUUCUUGCGUUCACAUGGCGCGAUAAUUCAUUGACUAUUGUUAAGAACUUAUACGAUUGUUAUGUUCCUUAAUUAGUAUUAUAUGAGCUAAGUAAGGACAAACACCCUUUGUGUAUUUUUUAUAUGAUGUUUGCUGCAGUUACAAGUUAACAUUACGUUGAGUCACCUUAAAUUAUUUUUUUACUUAAAAUAUACAGUUGCAAUAAUUUUAUAUUGUAUUAUUAUAGUUAUAUAUGAAUUGUAUUAAUUUAAUCAAGAAUAUAUGUAUACAUUUGGGGUACCGACAUAUAAUUUUUGAAUCAGAAAAACUGAGUGAAUUGUUUUAUCUUUAUUAAAAUCAACAAUGUAAUGUUUUGAAUAAUACCGUCACACAUUUGUAAGAUAUAUCAACUGAAAAUAUAACAGUGUAGACAUGUAUUUGUUAACUGUGCGAUCAAAUAUUUGUGUUAGCCCUUUUCAUGUAUUAAUAUGUUACAUAUAAGUAAGAGAUUUCAAUAUUGCACAACCUGUUUAUUGGUUCCGAGAGAGACCUCUUUGUUGCUAUGAGAAAAGUAUAUUUACAUUUUUUAAUAAGCGACAGGGACUAAUGAUUGUAUUGUUCAUGUUUUGUAAUCCUCAAUGUUUAUUGAAUUAAAAUAGCCAGGCAGAACAUAUAUUCACACAUGUGAGUGAUUUUUAUUACUUUUCAUAGCCCAGUGAUCAACCAAUUUAUAUAAGAAUUGCAAACCGGUUUAUUAAAAUUUAACAACUUUUUUAUUUGACGGUAAAAGAAUAAAUUUUAAUACUUAGUAUCAAAAAAAUUGCUGAUGGCAGAAAUUUUAAAUUUAUGAAGGUUUGAAACAGCUAUUUUUAUGGAAACAUUACUUUAAAUGUACAUGUAUAGGUAUUCGUCGUGUGAUAAAUGCAGGCGUCAGUUAGAACCCUUCGCAUUUCUCAUAUAAAAACUUAAUGCGUUAGCUUCGAUUGAAACAAUGUUUGGCAGCUUUAUAUUACAUUUCUUAAAUUUAAUUUUUUAAUAUUCAAAAUGUUUUUAAUAGUUUUGAUACGCAUGGCUGUCAUUCAGCUAUCCGUGUAUAUUCUCGCCAGCACGUUGUACAUUCAUCUGCCAAAUAGCUUAUUAAAAUAUAUUUUCAAGGAAGAAGUGGUGAUAACUCUGAGAAAUGUGUGUGAUUUUCCAAAGGGAUAUGGAUCUUGCAUGUGCCUAACUGCCUGAUAACAAUGUACACUCAACAUAAGUUUCUCGUAGAGAUUUUAAUAUGAGUGUUACUUUUGUAAUUAACGUGUUUUAUUUUUAUAUGUUUUUUACAAUAAAAAUUUUGUAUAAUAUUGAUUGACUGAAAAAUAAAUUGUAUACGCAA